AUUUACGGUGCAUUUAACUGCAUGGCAAGACAUAGUGUACACGGUAUACAAGAACCACUUCGUUUAAAUGUAUUGUAAGCCCGGGGGACAUUUCCGAUAUUCAUUUCAGCUUCAUUGCCACUUAAGCGAAGCUGUUUGGCAGCAAACUACUAUUUAGAAGUCAGAAUUUACGAAGUGUCCAUGAAGGCAGCAAGGGAAACUGCCAGCAGGGAAGCUUCAAGAUGGUGAAGUUUGGACUUCAGUUCAAAGCCACUCUGGAGAAUGUCACCAAUGUGAGACCAUUGGGCGACGAUUUCCGCUGGUUUCUGAAGCUGAAGUGUGGAAACUGUGGAGAGGUCUCGGAUAAAUGGCAGUAUGUAACCCUCUUGGAGAGUGUGCCACUAAAAGGAGGAAGAGGCAGUGCCAGCAUGGUGCAGAAAUGUAAACUGUGUGCCAGGGAAAAUUCAAUCGAUAUCCUGGGAGACACAAUCACACCAUAUAAUGCCGAGGACAGCGAACGCUUCAAGACAAUGGUGCAGUUUGAGUGUCGAGGUCUGGAGCCCGUUGACUUCCAACCGCAAGCUGGCUUCGCUGCACAAGGAGCAGAGUCUGCAACACCGUUUCUUGAUAUCAACCUACAAGAAAAGGACUGGACAGACUACGAUGAGAAAGUCAGCGAGUCGGUGGGGAUAUACGAGGUCACGCACCAGUUCAAAAAGUGUUGAUGUCGAGCAGCGAUGAGCCUCAGGAGCUGGCAAAUGAACAGUAUAGCCAGGAGUCUGCCAGCAAAGGACCCUUCAGAUGCUGGCCCGGUUUGGUGGAUGAUGAGCAUUCAUAAGUAUAGAUUAACACCACAGGUUGUCCAUACACAUCUUGGCUUAAACAAGAAGCUCAAGGCUUUUUUUUCACGGCUUCAGUAAACUCAAAAGGUGAA